UCGUAACGUCAAAAAAUAUACACGGAACCGUUAAUUUUAUUUAUUAUAAUUUUAACAUAAAACUUGCUGAAAAUACUGUAAUAAUGUUGUUAAAGAAAGUUUACACCCUGGUGUUCGUUAAAACAGAGAGUCAAGUACUCCUAGGCCUGAAAAAGCGUGGUUUUGGGGUAAACAAAUGGAACGGAUUUGGUGGCAAAGUAGAACCUAACGAGACCAUAAUUGAUGCAGCUAGUCGAGAAAUGAAGGAAGAAUCCUGUAUUGUAGUGAAACCUUGUGACUUGAAGAAUAUAGCACACUUGGAGUUCACCUUUGAAGGCGACCCAGUGAUGAUGGAUGUUAGAGUUUUUGCCACUAACAAGUUUGAAGGAACUCCCACGGACACUGAAGAAAUGCAGCCGAAAUGGUUUAAGUUUGAUGAUAUCCCGUACAAGGAUAUGUGGCCUGAUGAUAGGUACUGGUUUCCUUACUUACUGCAAGGGAAAUCUUUCUAUGCAAGGUUCCACUAUGAAGGCUUUGAUAAAAUUCUGAACUACAAAAUUGAAGAGGUUGAAUCUAUGGUGGCGUUUUACGCACUUAAGAAGGAGACUUAAAGAAGUAAUUAUAGCAUUAAGUUUUCGAGUGAGAUUUUGACUUGUGUCUGUGAUUUAUAGAAUAUCAUUAAUAACAAAUAAUGUAAAACAACA